AUGGCCCAAGAGAAUGGCAGCCAUGGCAUCUCCGCAGAUGAAGUCGCACUUUACGAUAGGCAGAUCCGACUCUGGGGCAUGGCUGCUCAAGAACGUCUCAGAAAUGCGCAUAUCCUCGUGGUCACCAUCCGCGCGCUCGCCAAUGAAGUCGUUAAGAACAUUGUACUUGCUGGUGUAGGCGCCGUGACGCUACUUGACCAUGAAAAGGUCUCUGGAACAGAUCUUGGCGCACAGUUUUUGGUGCAAGAGGAAGAUCUUGGCAAGCUACGCGCCGAAGCAGCUGCUGAACGGGCACGCAAGCUCAAUCCACGUGUGCAGAUGCAUGUCGAUACUGACAGGCUCUCAAGUAAGGAUGCUGCCUUCUUCGGCAAAUUUGACGUGGUCGUUGUAUGCGAUGGCACACUGCCUGACCUGCUACGUAUCAAUGAAGCUUGUCGUGCUGCUCAAAAGCCAUUCCUCGCAGCAGAGAUCCCGGGUAUGUAUGGCUACAUCUUCGCAGACUUGCUCGAGCAUGAGUAUGUUACAGAAAGAGAAGAGACAAAGUCCACGGGCGAGCGCCAGAAAGUCACAGUACCGGCAAAAUCAUCCUACAAACCACUUGCGGAUUCCAUGAAGGUUGAUUUUGCCAGCAAACUUCGACCGAAGCUGCGGAAGAAGGUCUCGCCACUGCUUCCAAUUCUCAUGUCAAUGCUGAGCUGGGACAACGACGACGCACAUGACGCAGAGCACACGUACGAAAAGAAGAGUCAAGAGCAGGCUCGAGUGUUGGGACUCGCAGACUCCUGCGUCACCGAGGAGGUGGUACAUGAUGUGUCCGAGAGUCUUGGCUGUGAAUUGUCACCAGUUGCUGCAAUUGUGGGUGGCAUUCUUUCACAAGAUGUGCUGAAUGUGCUCAGCAAGCGAGAGCAGCCGGUGGACAAUUGGUUCAUCUACAAUGGCGAGACUGGCGAGGGUCCUGUGUACAGGCUGUGA